CUUUGUUUCACACAAGCUGAGCUGUUGAGUGUUCAAGCAAAACACAGAGCGACGAAUGCGGCGGCAGCGCUCGCUGUCCCCGUCUCGCGAUGACCCGCAUUCAAGCAGCAACCUCUCGUCUGACGCUAUCGCAGACGAUCUGAUUGACCUGACGACAUGGCCGUCGCCCGACCCAAAGCGCGUGUGCAUGUCUCUGCGUGAAACAACACGCUCCGCUGCAAGUCCACCCAGCAGUGCCGCCACGCGAUUGCUCUCCGGCGCCUCAAGUGUCUCGAGUGUCUCAAGUGUCUCAAGUGUCUCAAGUGGUUGGAUGGGCACGUCAGGCCAUACGCAUCCGUCGGCGCUCACCACACCAACGCGGCGUUCGCUCGCUUUGCCGCGCGUUCCAAUCUCAAGCUCCGAAACCACAACCGCGGUUGAGCGCACUUCUCAAGACGACCACUCGUCAGUCGCUCCUCCCAGUGCUGUGGUUACACCAGUCAGGACGAACACGGCUCCAGUGUCAGACUCGAGCGUGCGCACUGCUCCAUCACAAUCACGCGUGGCCAUUCGCAGUAGUCGGACUGAUGACGGAUUGUCGACCACCUCCACGCCCUCAACCAGACGUGCUGCAUCCGCACCUGCAGCCGCAGCGAGGCGGCCGUCAUCUCCGCCUUCUGGGAUGGUCGCACAGCCGGCUGCGUCUCCCGCUGGCCCUGCCAAGUCGCCGAUUUCAAGUAUUGCGCAUCGCUUGCUCGCUCAGCCUGCCGUCAAGAUGACGGAAUGUCCCGCGUGCUCGCGCCAAGUGCGCCUUGCUCUGCUCAACAAGCACCUGGAUACAGACUGCGAGUCGAGCGAGCAAGCACGACUGCGGCGACAACGAGAAGCAGAGAUGGAAGCGGACGCCAAAUCUUGGCUUUCCUACAUGGGAGAGGGCUUGGAUGGAGCUGGCGGGCAGCAUCGCCAACAGUGUAGUGUAUGUCACUCUUCAGGAUGUCUCGAGGAGUGCACAGGUGAGCGUUGGACGCGAGAGCUGCUCGGAAAGAUUGCUGCGCACAAACUUGCAAGCGAAAUUGCGGUGCCCCAAGAGGUCUUGGAGCAGUCAUCAGUCCCCAAUGAGAAAGCUGGAGAUGUGCAGUCGCUCCAAGAUGUACCAGCUCCAACCGAUGCGACUGAGGUGCCCCAAAAUGACACCACCACUGCGCGACCUCGUUACUACCAGCGCGACUUCCUCCUGGUCGUUCGCGACAUUUGCUCCAGCUCCCACUACGAACUGUGGUUUAAUGAACUCGAGCGACGGCUAGUUGGCUGCUUUUUCGGACUGUCUGAUGCGUCUCAGAAGCUCUUUAUUCGCAUGUUCAAUCGCAAAGCCGGCUGGUUUCGUGCCGCCAAAAUCGAGUAUGACGAAAUUCCAGAUGUUCCCGCUGCACUAAGCGAGCUGACGCAGAAUUCACUUGUCACGGAUGAUUCUGCAUUGGAGCUGGACGAAACAUUGGAUUUGCUGGAUUUGGGCGAUUUGAAAACCCUCUGCUCCCACUUUCGUUUGCCCGCACCUGCUCAGCUGACCAGGAAGGGUCGGAUUGACGCCCUUUUUUCAUUCUGCCAGACGCAACGAAGCGUGCUAGGUGAGAGUCCGCACGGCCGCUUGCUCCGACAGGCCAAGCUACUAUGCGGACACGCGUUUCGGCUCAGCCCAUCGGCCAAGUCGCUGUUCCGGCGAAUGCACAUUGUCUUUUUCAAGGUCACUACCAUGGAAGAAUUGUCCUUCCCCACACUGCUCUUUACAACCAAAGGUCUAGUGUCGUUUCCCAAAGUCACGCUCGAUAUGUCCGUCCCGCUGUAUGACUCGCGCGAGCAUCUGGCCCUGUUUGAAGAAUUUCUGGACGCCGAAAGCCAGAUGGAAACGAUUGUGAUGAGUGGCGGAUCCCUGGAGGAUAUUCGACCCUUCUACGAGCGUGCUUGGCAGUAUGUUCAACGCGUUCUCGACUCUCCCAAAGUUCCAACGACAGCCACCGCCGCUCUGGAAGCCAGCGCGAUCCGACCUCCUUUCGUCGAAUUGUUUCACCCUGGCACCGUGUGUCUCCGUAUUCUGGCCAUGUGGACGGAUGCAUUGGAACGACAGCGACGAUUUCCGGAGGCGGUUCAGCUUUUGCAAUGGAUGCUCGCCCAACGGCGAUUCUGCACCGAUCAGCGUGGAAAGUGGUACGAUCGGCUUGCGCUGGACUUGGAGCGGCAUUUGGCUCGACCGUCAGAUGCGCUUGACACGUGCCAGCGCGCGAUUCGCGAUCCCUUUGUGCGUUCUGGGCAUCUCCUGGCCAUUCGGCAGCGGGCCGUCCGUCUCUGCAAGAGCAAAAACUAUCCGCAGCUGCACCAUCGCUUGUCGGAAUUUGCCCGCGUCCAGUUGUUCGGGGCCGCAGUGGUUCAGAUUGCAGCGACCCAGAUUGAAACCGAAGAUUCGGAAGCCGCAGCGCGGGGUGCGCAGGGUUUGUCGUUUGUCCAGCAGCGCGCAAAUCGCUUGCUCGAGCGGCUGCACUCGCCGUUUCGAGUCUACCGACAAGACGUCUCGAGUAGUGGCACUGCGGAAUCAAAAAGCGGUGACGUGACGGAAGAUGUGAUUGACUCGUCCGCCUCGAGCAGCGACGACGACGACGACGAGGAGCAUGAUCAGCAUGCGCCCAUUCGCACCAAAAGCAAGGCGGGACCUGGUCGUGUCAUCUACCUCAGCGCUGACGGCGACGGCUUGUGCGAUGUGGAGCAAACUGCACUCAACCAUUACGCGAGCACGGAGGGCUGGAAGGGAGUCCAUGGCGAGAAUGGCAUUGUGACAACCUUGUUUGGCCUGCUGGUGUGGGACAUUCUCUUUUGGGAUGGCGUGCCGGGGGUGUUUCAAUCGCGGUACCAAGCUGCCCCGUUGGAUUUGCGGACGGACGGAUUUUUCCGUGCUCGACGGUCCUUGCUGAUGCAUCGCAUCCACGCGCUCGCCACGGGUGUCAUCCAACCAAGCGACCUUGUCGCGCUCCACUGGGACGAGCAUUGUGGCGAAACCUGCGUUGCCGUUCAAUGGUCUGCGUACUCGCGACAAGAUUUGAUGGACAUGGCCAGCUGCCUUGGUGGUCAAGUGCUGGCUGGAAUUUGCGAUGUACUGGCGCGUGACUUUCGACAUCGCGCUGGAGGGCUGCCCGAUCUUCUCCUGUGGGAUCCGAGUCGCCGAGCUGCUCGUUUUGUGGAAGUGAAGAGCGAGAACGACAAGUUGGCGCACAAGCAGCAUGUUUGGAUUCAUGUUCUCCGAAUGUUAGGUGCCCAAGUGGAUGUUUGCAAGGUCAAGAGCCACAAUGGUCGCUCACUUGGCAAGUGAACGGCACAAGGGGGGGCGAUAAGUUAUGAAGUUGAGGUUGCGGUAGAAAAUGGGGGGAGGGGAGAGUUGGGUUGUAUUAGUUUUUGCACAUGUGCGCAUGUAACCUUGAAAAAUCUAGCGUGUAUUAUUUUUGAAGAGCAACAA